ACCUACAAAUAAAUAUAGCAAAAAAUUCAAAAACAAAUACCAAGAAAUGAAAAACCUCUCAAUCUUUCUAUUUGUUGUUGGGCUUUGCAUGAUUAGUGAUGUAUACGGAAAAAAAUCUACGAUUACGGUCAAGAAUGAAUUAAAUCCCAAAAACAAGAAUAUCCUCAAGGUGCAUUGUAAAUCCAAAAACAACGAUAUUGGUGUAAAAUAUCUCAAAAUUGGAGAAGUUAUGUCAUUCAGCUUCAAGACCAACUUUUGGGGAACGACGGAAUUUUGGUGCAACUUAUAUAAAGGACCUGAUUAUAAGCGUUAUAGAGGUAUUACUGCAUAUCAAGCUAUAGGUUUGUUCGCCAAAGAUGGAUCAUCGUAUAAUUGGUUAGCUAGAGAUGAUGGAAUCUAUUUUCAUAAGGAUUCGUUGCCUAGCUACUAUAAAACUUAUUGGCUAUAAGUUUUACUGAAACAAUAAAAGAAAAGAGAAAAAGAAAUGGCAAAAAUGUAAGAAAAUGUAAACUAUAAAAUUUGGGAUAAAAAAUAUGAAUUUUCGAAACGUCAUUUAAUCGUAAACUUUAGUUUCACUUUUCGAUAAAAAUGUCAAGUUUCGUUAAGUGGGUCAUUCUAGACACCUUAUAAAGUUUUUGUUAAUUAGACGUUUAUGGGUUUAACAAUCAGCUAGAAAUCUCCGUUAAAUGAAAACGACGUCAUUUGAAGUCUUCU